UAUUAUAUCAGAACGCCAGCAGGAGUUUAUAAAAUUUAUAGAAAGUACGUGUUUUAAGUGAGUCUUUGUUCGAUCUAGUCCGUGUUUCUGCAGUUUUCCAAAAGUCGUUUAGCAGCUUUGCUUUAUCGCGUGCUUUUAAGGCUUUUAAACUCUUUAUAUCCCAGAAUGGGAUCCUCGUCCGAUAGCCAAAAGGCACUGAGCGUACAAGAAGAUCGUGAGAAAACUAUUUCCGACUGGGUAUCUCCGGAACUGUGGACCAAAAGCCAGGAACAAUUCCGGAUCGGUGAUUUGGUGGAGUUUUAUCGCGAAGGGAAACUGUUCCAGCAUUGGGGACUAUAUUUGGGAGAAGGUCUAGUGGUGCACGUGUCCUCUUUCGAUUUGUGGAAUCCGUCUGCAGCCUUAACGGAACGGCUGAGCGGCAUAUCGCAGGCAUCCAGUCGUGCGACAGUGGACGCGAUGACAGGAAUUAGCACUCUGCCUGGUGCCAAGGCCGAUGAAAUGGUGGAAUUGGUGCAGUUGCCCGUGGGAGGACCGGACGCUUCCAACCCGGCCAACAAUGCUCCGGUGCAGGAGAACGCCCAUCCGGUGCCGUGCGUCCAGUGUGGAGAAAUUACUAUCGAGCAUUCGCCGUUGGAUUUGGGUUUCGGUAUGGAAGACCGGACCAAGUGGUUCAUUAAAGUGGAAGACAUCUGUCGGAUAGCAGGUCGAGAUAAAUUUCGGGUGAACAACGUGGCGACGCGGAAACCAAACCGGCUAGCUCGAACACCACAAGAAAUCUUUACCCUUGUGCGACAUUUUAAGGAUCAAGAGGUUGACUAUUCCCUAGUUUCCUCCAACUGUGAGCAUUUUGCCACUAGUUUAAAAUACAAGCAGGACGGAAAAACCAACGAAGAACCCGAAGUUGUCCCAGUUGUGGUGCAUGCAGGCGGGACCAGUUCCCAGGUGAGGCGUGUGGUGCAAUUGAUAAGUAUCGGGAUGGUCGCAGUUGCGGGAUUAUUGGGAGCGGCCGUCGGAAGCCUUAUGUUCGGCGGUAGAACCGCUGCUGCCAGCGAUGUUGUUGACAGCUCCGGACCGGUGACCAAAAAAGUCAAAGCAGAGGAAAAAAGAAACACUACAGAAGGGGCCAGCUAAAGGGUUAGGAACAACGAUGUACCCGCUGUCUACCAUUGCAGUAUAUGCGGUAGCAUAUGCUUUUGAAAAAGUUUGUGAAAUAAAUGGUGCUGAAUUUGGGCUUUCGGAUAAAAGAUUUUAUUGGUUUGUCUGCAUUUUGUGUAUGUGGUGAUGGGUUUUGCAAUCUGAGUUUGGGUUUUGCAAAACGUCGCAGUCGAAGUUGAAAUUGCCGUCCGAAUAAUCCGAUGUAUGUUUUGACUCACGAGUGUUUUGUCGUGCUGUAAGGUGUUCUGCGUCUGCCAUAUCGGCUCUGAUUUGUUUGUGCUUUCGCUUAAACCAUACAGCGAUCAACAUUUUGUGUAGUUCUCAGUUUUAUCAUUUUUUAUGUGUAAUAAACGGAAUUUUUCUUGUGAUAUUGUGUAGAAGCUCUGUUGCAGUGCAAAUAGUCCUGGAAAAAGCGUAUUUUAGUCAUUGUUAUGGUGCAUUAUUGUUGGGAAAUCAUAAAG